GAACGUUGAAAAAUUGGUGAUCCUCGAGAUGUCGGACAAUCGCGCUCUCCAGCGAGCCCAUGUUCUGGCCAAUCACAUACUCCGAUCACCUCCUCUGCCGUCGAACCUCUCCCUCACGCGCGAGGUAUGUUUGCAGUACUCCCCACCGGAGCUCAACGAGAGCUAUGGAUUCGAAGUCAAGGAGAUGAGGAAAUUGCUCGACGGACAUAACGUGGAGGAUCGGGAUUGGCUCUACGGGCUCAUGAUGCAGAGCAAUUUGUUUAAUCGGAAGGAGAGGGGAGGUAAGAUCUUCGUGUCGCCGGAUUACAAUCAGACGAUGGAGCAACAGCGCGAGAUCACUAUGAAGCGGAUCUGGCACCUGCUCGAGAGAGGGGUCUUCCAAGGAUGGUUGACGGAGGCAGGUCCUGAUGCUGAGCUCAAGAAAUUAGCUCUGCUUGAGGUUUGCGGGAUUUUUGAUCACUCCCUCUCCAUCAAACUCGGUGUUCAUUUCUUCUUGUGGGGUAAUGCUGUGAAGUUCUUUGGAACAAGGCGUCACCACGAAAAGUGGCUGAAGAACACCGAAGAUUAUCUUGUCAAGGGCUGUUUUGCAAUGACUGAGUUAGGCCAUGGAAGUAAUGUACGAGGAAUCGAAACAGUGACCACUUAUGACUCAAGAACUGGGGAGUUUGUGAUAAACACUCCUUGUGAAUCUGCUCAGAAGUAUUGGAUCGGUGGGGCAGCUAAACAUGCAACCCACACAAUUGUGUUUUCACAGCUUAUUAUAAACGGAACCAACCAGGGAGUUCAUGCCUUCAUUGCGCAAAUAAGAGAUCAAGAUGGUAACAUAUGUCCAAACAUCCGCAUUGCCGACUGUGGACACAAGAUUGGUCUAAAUGGUGUUGACAAUGGCCGAAUAUGGUUUGACAAUCUUCGGAUUCCAAGAGAGAAUUUAUUGAACUCAGUUGCUGAUGUUUCGUCUGAUGGACAGUAUGUUAGCGCAAUUAAAGAUCCUGAUCAGAGAUUUGGAGCAUUCAUGGCCCCUUUGACCUCUGGCCGUGUCACGAUUGCAUCAAGUGCAAUUUAUUCUGCAAAGGUCGGAUUAUCUAUUGCUAUUAGGUACUCACUUUCGAGAAGAGCCUUCUCUGUUACAGCCAAUGGUCCUGAAGUCCUCCUUCUCGAUUACCCAAGCCAUCAAAGGCGACUGCUACCACUCCUAGCAAAGACAUAUGCUAUGAGUUUUGCUGCAAAUUACUUGAAGAUGAUUUACGUGAAGAGGACACCUGAAACCAACAAAGCCAUCCAUGUUGUUUCAAGUGGGCUCAAAGCUGUUCUCACCUGGCACAAUAUGCGAACACUUCAGGAAUGUCGCGAAGCUGUUGGGGGACAAGGUGUGAAAACAGAAAAUCUAGUUGGUCAGUUGAAAGGUGAAUUUGAUGUGCAGACUACAUUUGAGGGUGACAAUAAUGUAUUGAUGCAGCAGGUGAGCAAAGCACUUUUUGCUGAAUAUGUCUCGUGUAAGAAGAGAAAUAAACCUUUCAAAGGACUGGGAUUGGAGCACAUGAACAGUUCUCGUCCUGUAUUGCCAGCGGAACUCACAUCUUCUACCCUCAGAUGCAGCCAGUUCCAGAAAAAUGUGUUCUGCUUAAGAGAGCGAGAUCUUCUAGAACGAUUUACCUCGGAAGUUGCACAGCUUCAAGGGAGGGGAGAAAGUCGAGAGCUGUCUUUCCUCGUGAAUCAUCAACUUGCCGAAGACUUGGGUAAAGCUUUCACGGAGAAAGCAAUACUGCAAACCAUUUUGGAUGCUGAAGCCAAACUAGCUGCUGGCUCAGUGAAGGAUGUGUUGGGUCUUGUAAGAUCAAUGUACGCAUUGAUCUGCUUGGAAGAAGAUCCAUCGUUCCUGAGAUACGGUUACCUCUCAAGGGACAAUAUUGGAGAUGUGAGGAGAGAGGUUUCUAAGUUGUGUGGAGAGCUUCGACCUCACGCGCUUGCACUCGUCACUUCCUUCGGGAUUCCAGACGCCUUCUUGGCUCCGAUUGCUUUCAACUGGGUCGAAGCCAACGCUUGGUCUUCGAAAGAGAAGAAAGAUCUAGAAACUCAAGAUGCUAUGGUCGUGGACUCACCACCAUGGAUGCCGUGGACUCUAAAACUCAUCGGCUAUAGCAGGAUUCAUGAAAUGUCGGAACAUCGCGCACUCCGGCGAGCCCAUGUUCUCGCCAACCACAUACUCCGUUCACCUCCUCUGCCGUCGAACCUCGCACUCACGCGCGAGUCAUGUUUGCAGUACUCUCCACCGGAGCUCAACGAGAGCUAUGGUUUCGACGUCAAGGAGAUGAGGAAACUGCUCGACGGACACAGCUUGGAGGACCGAGACUGGCUUUAUGGGCUCAUGAUGCAGAGCGAUCUGUUUAAUCGGAAGGAGAGAGGAGGCAAGGUUUUCGUUUCGCCGGAUUACAACCAGACGACGGAGCAACAGCGCGAUAUCAGUGUGAAACGGAUCCGGUACUUGCUCGAGAAAGGGGUCUUUCAAGGAUGGUUAACGGAGACAGCUCCUGAGGCCGAGCUCAAGAAGUUUGCUAUGUACGAGGUUUGCGGGAUUUAUGAUUACUCCUUCUCCGCUAAACUCGGUGUUCAUUUCUUGCUGUGGGGCAAUGCUGUUAAAUUCUUUGGGACAAAGCGACACCAUGACAAGUGGCUGAAAGACACCGAAGAUUAUGUUGUCAAGGGCUGCUUUGCAAUGACUGAGUUGGGCCAUGGAAGCAAUGUGAAGGGAAUCGAAACAGUGACUACUUAUGACCCAAGAACUGAGGAGUUUGUGAUAAACACUCCUUGUGAAUCUGCUCAGAAGUAUUGGAUCGGUGAGGCUGCCAACAAUGCAACCCAUGCCAUUGUGAUUUCACAGCUUGAUAUAAACGGAACCAACCAGGGGGUUCAUGUCUUUAUCGCCCAAAUCAGGGAUCAAGAUGGCAACAUAUGUCCAAACAUCCGCAUUGCCGACUGUGGACACAAGAUUGGUCUAAAUGGUGUUGACAAUGGCCGGAUUUGGUAUUGUACACAACAACUCUAUGUUAUGUUAUCGUACCUUAUACCAAGGGUGUGUCCUUCAUUGAAGACUGCUCACUAUGAUUAUAGGUUUGACAAUCUUCGAAUUCCAAGGGAGAAUUUAUUGAACUCAGUUGCUGAUGUUUCAUCUGAUGGACAGUAUCUUAGCGCAAUUAAAAACCCUGAUCAGAGGUUCGGAGCAUUCUUGGCCCCUUUGACCUCUGGUCGUGUCACGAUUGCGUCAAGUGCAGUUUAUUCUGCAAAGCUGGGAUUAGCUGUUGCUAUAAGGUACUCACUGUCGAGAAGAGCCUUCUCUGCUGUAAAAGAUGGUCCUGAAGUGCUCCUUCUUGAUUAUCCAAGCCAUCAAAGACGACUUUUGCCACUCCUAGCAAAGACAUAUGCUAUGAGCUUUGCUGCAAAUCACUUGAAGAGGAUUUACGUGAAGAGGACACCUGAGACCAACAAAGCCAUCCAUGUUCUUUCAAGUGGAUUGAAAGCUGCUCUCACUUGGCACAAUAUGCGAACGCUUCAGGAAUGUCGUGAAGCUUGUGGAGGGCAAGGUUUGAAAACAGAAAACCGAGUUGGUCAUUUAAAAGGCGACUAUGAUGUGCAGACUACAUUUGAGGGUGACAAUAAUGUUCUGAUGCAACAAGUGAGCAAAGCACUUUUUGCUGAAUACGUGUCCUGUAAGAAGAGAAAUAAACCUUUCAAAGGAUUAGGAUUGGAGCACAUGAACAGUUCUCGUCCUGUAUUGCCAUCGGAACUCACAUCUUCUACCCUCAGAUGCAGCCAGUUCCAGAAAAAUGUGUUCCGCUUAAGAGAGCGAGACCUUCUAGAAAGAUUUACAUCUGAAGUUGCACUGUUUCAAGGGAGGGGAGAAAGCAGAGAGUUCUCCUUCCUCCUGAAUCAUCAACUUUCUGAAGAUCUAAGUAAAGCUUUCACAGAGAAAGCAAUACUACAAACCGUUUUGGAUGCUGAAGCCAAACUGCCUGCUGGCUCAAUUAAGGAUGUGUUGGGUCUUGUAAGAUCAAUGUACGCAUUGAUUUGCUUGGAAGAAGAUCCAUCGUUCCUGAGAUACGGUUACCUCUCAAGGGACAAUGUUGGAGAUGUGAGGAGAGAGGUUUCUAAGCUGUGUGGAGAGCUUCGACCUCACACGCUUGCACUCGUCACUUCCUUUGGGAUUCCAGACGCCUUCUUGGCUCCGAUUGCUUUCAAUUGGGUCGAAGCCAACGCUUGGUCUUCGGUUUAGCGCCUACUACUACUAAUCUCUUUCAAUAAACCACAUCCUUUGAAACUUACGUUUCCACAAUAUUUUUUUGAACUUCUUGUAUGCUAUUGUAUGCUCUUGGUAAUAAUAUGUAUCACUCACUAUGCUACGGAGGCUUUUGACAAAUCUCUUCCACAUAUUAUUAAUAGCUGCAAAAGACAUUUUAUUUUACAGA